AUGUCCUCAGAGGUGAAUAGCAUCGAGAAGAACCCCAUGGCGGCCGAUGUUACCGCACAAAACCCCCCCGUGGACGUGGCCGACCUGUACCAACUGCCGGUCGAGGCUAGCGACAAACCACUGGUACCUACGCCGACCAAGGACUCCUUCGACCCCUUGAACUGGUCCGCGCUGCAGAAAUACAACAUCAUUGGCAUCGUGUGCUUCUUUUACUUCCUGUUGACCUACUUGACCACUGCCCCGGUGCCCUCGUUUUCGCUGCUCGAGGAGCAAUUCGAUGCCUCGUACAACCAAGUCAACUGGUCCUUCGGAAUCUCAGCCUUUGGUCUCGCUUUUGGCCCUCUGGUCACCUCGUCGCUGGCGGAGACAUACGGCCGUCGGGUGGUGACCAUCGUGGCCACGGCGACUGCAGUGCUGGCUAGUGGUUGUACCUCGAUCAAGGGACAAUCAAUCGGCCAGUACAUGGCAGCCAGGUUCUUCCAGGGGUUUGCGGCGGGCCCGGCAGCGAACGUGGGCCUCAGCAUCAUCAAUGACAUCUCCUGGGAGCACGAGCGAGGCUAUCGAAUUGGUCUCUGGGCCAUGUCUGCAAACAUAGGGAGUGUGCUGGGUGGUCUCAUUGGCGGGUUCAUAGCCACCGUGAACCAAUACUGGGUGGCUUACCACGUCACCAUAGCUUUCGCAUUUCUCUUGCUCUGGGAACUUCUGUUUCUGCCAGAAACCCAAUAUCCCCGCGCUCAUGUUGUGGCUCUGGAGCUGCAACAAGCCGCGGCGAAGGCGCGUGGUGAGACCCUGCAGGAUACGGCCGUGGACAUCAAAAGAACUAAGCAACUCCCCUGGCUCAACAUCUACAAAAUCCCAGGGGUUUCCCAUCCGAAACCUUGGGCGACCCUGAUCACAUUCUGCAAGUUGUGGGCGUACCCCAAGUUGGUUGCCAGCGUAUGUGGAUACAUAUUUCUGCAUUAUUGGUGGAUCGUGGCUCUUCUUUCCAUGAUUCCCGCAGCGUACUAUGAGUACAAAAUCCAGAUUCAAGGUUUGUUCUUCACAGGAGCCCUGAUCGGAGUUAUCUUUGCCGAGAUAUUCUGCUCGGGUCAUUUGAGCGACUGGAUCGUUGUCCGGCUUGCGAGCCAUAAUCACGGCCAACGGGUGCCGGAAAUGCGGCUGUGGCUGGGCUACCCUGGCGCUCUUCUCUCUGCUGUCGGUCUUGCCGUCUGGGGAGCUUCGGUACAGAAAGGAUGGCACUGGAUGGUUGGUCAGGUGGCCCUCUUCUUGUUUGCAGUCGGCCUUCAAGCGGGAAACACCACGUUGUCCACAUAUAUUGUGGACAGCUACCCGGAGCACGCCAUUGAGGUCAUAACAUUUUAUUCCGUCAUCAUCAAUAUGUCGGCAUUUAUUGUUCCCUGGUAUAUUUACGACUGGACCGCCGCUGUUGGUUAUGGAUGGUGCUUCGGUACUCAGGCAAUUAUCUGCGCCGUUUGUCUGCCAGUCGUUUAUUUUGUACUCCAUCGAUGGGGUAAUAGGUGGGUCAAGCCCAUAGUGCUCUCGUCCGAUGAAUUACCGGAUGAACCGAGAGUCGAAAGUAGUGUACAGCAGGAGAAAUGA